AUGCUCACGGGACUUGACCUUAACGGCCACGAGAAAAUCAUGAGAGAUUCGAGUGCGAUUAUGGACAAGUAUCACGAUCCGAUCAUCGAUGCAAGGAUCAAGAUGUGGAGAGAAGGAAAGAGAACUCAAAUCGAGGAUUUUCUAGACAUUUUCGUUUCGAUCAAGGACGAAGAAGGAAACCCAUUGCUUACCGCCGAUGAAAUCAAACCAACCAUUAAGGAACUUGUAAUGGCGGCGCCAGACAAUCCAUCAAACGCCGUCGAAUGGGCCAUGGCGGAGAUGGUGAACAAACCGGAAAUUCUCCGUAAAGCAAUGGAAGAAAUCGACAGAGUGGUCGGAAAAGAAAGACUUGUCCAAGAAUCCGACAUCCCAAAACUUAACUACGUCAAAGCCAUUCUCCGUGAAGCUUUCCGUCUCCAUCCAGUCGCCGCCUUUAACCUCCCACACGUGGCACUUUCCGACACAACCGUCGCCGGAUACCACAUCCCCAAAGGAAGUCAAGUCCUUCUUAGCCGAUAUGGGCUAGGCCGUAACCCGAAAGUUUGGGCCGACCCACUUAGCUUUAAACCGGAGAGACAUCUCAAUGAAUGCUCCGAAGUUACUUUGACUGAGAACGAUCUCCGAUUUAUCUCAUUUAGUACCGGGAAAAGAGGUUGUGCUGCUCCAGCUUUAGGUACGGCAUUGACCACGAUGAUGCUCGCGAGACUUCUUCAAGGUUUCACUUGGAAGUUACCAGAGAACGAGACACGUGUUGAGCUGAUGGAGUCUAGUCAUGAUAUGUUUUUGGCGAAACCAUUGGUUAUGGUUGGUGAGCCAAGAUUGCCGGAACAUCUUUACCCGACGGUAAAGUAA